AUGUCUUCUUCAAGUGCCAGAGGCAACUACAGCCAUCCAUCUCUCGAGGAUGAUGAUUUGAUUGACCCGGAUGAUGCCGACUUGAAUGAUUUCGACGACCCUCUUGGAAACCAAGCUUCACGGCAGCCGCUGUCGGGGAACAUUGGCUCCAGCUCUUCGCGCCCCCUCAACGAAAAUUACCUCACUUCUUCAAUUCCCGGAGAAGACAGGCGAGCGCCACAGAAUACCAUAGAUGAAACUGUAUGGGAGACGGUGCGCCGCGACCUUCUUGCUGUGUGGGCCAAACUGAGAGAGGUCUUAUAUCCCCGAUACCUCCUUGGAGGCACAAUGUUCGAUUCGGAAGGCGGUUUACGUGGCGCCUACUCAAAUAUCCGGGGAGCAGGCAUUACGGGAACGAGAGAAGAGCUCACCGGACUCGCUAGCCGCAUGAUGGAUGCAGAAGCGCUAUUGCAGAGUAAUAUGAGCCCGGGGCUUCGUGACUGGGAUCUCUGGGGACCACUAAUCUUCUGUCUCCUUUUGAGCCUCCUCCUCAGUAUCGCUGCCCGGGCUGAGCAAAAAGAUACGGUCUUCAGUGGGGUGUUCGCCAUGAUAUGGCUUGGCGAAGCAGUAGUUACUCUGCAAAUCAAAUUAUUAGGUGGAAAUAUCUCCUUUGCGCAAAGCGUCUGUAUCAUCGGCUAUACGCUGUUCCCCCUUGUAAUUGCCGGGCUUCUUUCUGCUUUGGGCUUGCACUGGAUCCCACGCAUUCCCAUCUACAUCAUCCUGGUUGCGUGGUCACUGGCCGCUGGCGUGAGCAUUCUCGGUGGUAGCGGUGUUGUCAAAAAUCGAGUUGCUAUAGCAGUUUACCCACUCUUUAUUUUUUAUAUCGGGCUCGGAUGUUUGUGCUUUAUUAGCUGA